UCAGAGAUCACCAUACCAUCACUUUUCCCGAACAAGAGUUUCAGCAGUAGUUCAAUAACUGAUGGAACUGACAUGGCUCUGACAGCUGUCAAAGAGGAAGAUGGUGCAGCCAACACCAAUGAUGGUGAAGACAACCAAACAACCAUUCAUCAAAAUGAAAGGUCUUUUGACAAGCUUUCUGUGUUCUUGCAUGACUACUGUGGGCCCAUACCAGAGAACACUAUUUCAUCACAAAGAAAUGCAUCCUGUCAGACUGCAUCCGUACAGAAGUGUUCCACUUCUACUCAGACAGAUGAAGGUUUCUUUCAAGCCAUCUCUAGUCAGGGCAAAGCCAUCAGCACCACAGCAGACCAGUGCCUGUACACAAACAGACUUCACUCUCAGACUUAUUGCUGGAUAGACAGAGAAAGCGUCAUGCCCAGUCAAAGUAGGAUCUUGUCACAGCCUGGUCAGGGUAUGCCACAGGAUAUGCCAGUGGAUAACCCACCAGGUGUGCCAGGAGAUAUGCACCAGGAUAACCCACCAGGUGUGCCAGGAAAUAUGCACCAGGAUAACCCACCAGGUGUGCCAGGAGAUAUGCACCAGGAUAUCCAACAGGAUAACCCACCAGGUGUGCCAGAAGGCAUGCAACAGGAUAACCCACCAGGUGUGCCAGGAGAUAUGCACCAGGAUAUCCAACAGGAUAACCCACCAGGUGUGCCAGGAGAUAUGCACCAGGAUAUCCAACAGGAUAACCCACCAGGUGUGCCAGGAGAUAUGCACCAGGAUAUCCAACAGGAUAACCCACCAGGUGUGCCAGGAGAUAUGCACCAGGAUAUGCACCAGGAUAACCAACCAGGUGUGCCAGAAGGCAUGCAACAGGAUAACCCACCAGGUGUGCCAGGAGAUGUGCACCAAGAUAUCCAACAGGAUAACCCACCAGGUGUGCCAGGAGAUGUGCACGAGGAUAUCCAACAGGAUAACCCACCAGGUGUGCCAGAAGGCAUGCAACAGGAUAACCCACCAGGUGUGCCAGGAGAUAUGCACCAGGAUAUCCAACAGGAUAACCCACCAGGUGUGCCAGGAGAUAUGCACCAGGAUAUCCAACAGGAUAACCCACCAGGUGUGCCAGGAGAUAUGCACCAGGAUAUCCAACAGGAUAACCCACCAGGUGUGCCAGGAGAUGUGCACCAGGAUAUCCAACAGGAUAACCCACCAGGUGUGCCAGAAGGCAUGCAACAGGAUAACCCACCAGGUGUGCCAGAAGGCAUGCAACAGGAUAACCCACCAGGUGUGCCAGGAGAUAUCCAACAGGAUAACCAACCAGGUGUGCCAGGGAGUAUGCACCAGGACAUGCCUCAGGUGCUCAGUGUUCCUGUACAGGAGACCGCAGAAAAGGGAAUAGGACUUAGAGGGGAGGAGGUUGUUUAUGUGCGUGAGGAACAAAAUGGGCAGACAGUGUUAGAAGCUGAGACAGUGAUACCACCUAGGGAUGAAAUGCAGGAAGGGACACAGUCUGGAGGUGGAACUCGGCCUGUGGCACAUUCUGGAGAUGGAACUCUUGCAGGGGCACAGCCUGAAGGUGGAACUCGGGCAGGGGCACAGUCUCGAGGUGGAGCUCGGCCUGUGGCACAAUCUGGAGAUGGAACUCUUGCAGGGGCACAGCCUGAAGGUCGAACUCGGGCAGGGGCACAGUCUGGAGGUGGAGCUCAGGCAGGGGCACAUUCUGGAGGUGGAGCUCGGGCACAAACUGAUGCUGGAGCAGUGGCAAGGGUAAAGACUCAAGGGAGAACAACAGUUUGGGCACAAGCUCAAUAUCCAACACAAGCAGAUUCAACGCCGCAACAUGGAGUGCAAGACUGGGCACUGCCUCAAGAAGGAGCUGAGGCAGGGGCACAAUUACAAGAUGGAGAUUUGAAACUAUUUAUUGAUUCAUUUCUUAGAUGGUUACUGCCACCAGGUGUAGCCAUAGUGAACCUCUCCGAAGAUCCAAAUAUUCAAAGGAUUAGGGAACUCUGUAUUCGUCACAGGAACGUAAAACUGAUGACCAACUACUUCAGCGUAAACUUCGUACGCAGCACCCCCCUGUACCAGUAUCACGUUGAAUACAACCCUCCCUGCGAGUCCAAGAGGGUCAGAACGGCGCUGUUGUAUGUUCACCAAGAACUUAUUGGUGAUGUGCAUGCUUUUGAUGGCACCAUGUUGUUCCUACCGCCAUUUACCAAAUGAGGUGACGGAGGUACAUUCAACACGACAGUAUGACGGUGUCCAGAUCAGGCUGACCAUCACGUUGACGUCAGAGCUGCCUCCCGAUGCUCCACAG